AUGUGCCUUUGUUGCGACAGAUGUCGUCCAAGCCGGUUGGAUGAUUCUAGUUUGAAUGAUGACAACCCGGUAACAGAAGAGGAAAUAGGUGAAAAGUCUUGCGAUGACCAAGCUGUGAUAGUAUACCGUGAAGAAGAUUGUUUGCUGACAGCGAGUGUGGCACUGAACAUCACAGCGCACGGCUGCGUCAUUGGUUUCUCAGCCGUCCUGAUCCCAGCGUUGCGACGCCCAGAAUCUCAUAUCCAGGUUACUCCAAGCCAGGAGUCAUGGAUCGCUUCCAUCAUCGGGUUUGCGCUGAUUGUGGGAAACUUCAUUAUCACUCCCCUCAUGGACACCAUCGGGCGGAAGAAGUCCCACCUACUAACAAUACUACCAAUUUUUAUCGGGUGGUAUCUGCUUCUGCUAGUGAACAGCGUAGCUGGUCUUAUAGCAGCCAGGUUUCUCCAGGGUGUUGCUAUGGGAAUGCUUGGACCCUUGGGCUCAAUAAUUAUUGGUGAAAUGACAGACCCCAGAAAUCGAGGAGCUUUCCUCACUAGUGUAUCUCUAUCCUUAACCAUGGGAGUAAUGACUACGCAUGCAUUGGGCAUAUACUUUAGCUGGCAGCAAAAUGUCCUAAUAUGCUCUUUUAUAACGUUUACAAGUCUAGUACUUAUUAUCUACUAUAACCCUGAGUCUCCAUCAUGGUUGAUAGCUAAAGGCAGAUAUGAGGAAGGAGAAGAAAUAUUUUUCUGGCUCCGUGGAAGGGAUUCAGUUCAAGAAGCAGAACUAGAGAAUAUGAUAGCAGCUCAGAAAAUGCAGCGAAAAUCAAGUUUAAUUGAAGAGAAGCAGUCAUUAAAAGUGAAAGUGAAAGGAUUUUUCUCAUAUUUGAGAAACACAUCUAAAAAGCCUGAAUUUUAUAAACCAAUUAUUAUCAUGUCAAUGUUGUACACUAUGUUCCAAUUUGCUGGAAUUAACGUUAUUAGUUCGUAUGCAAUGGAUAUUAUUCAUAAAGUGGUCGGGCCGCAAGCUAAUGCUAAGUUUAUAAUGGUAAUGUUAGAUGUAGAGAGGGUAAUUUGUAAUAUACUAGCAGUCUUUCUAAUGAAAACAUUGAAACGACGGACUUUACUGUUCAGUAGUGGAGCGGUCUGUGUUUUAUCAUAUAUAGGUAAAAGUUUCUACGUGUAUGCGAAACAAAACGACAUGUUGCCAUACGACAACGAAUGGAUUCCUCUCCUGCUGAUCGGUAUAUACAUGUGCUCUCUUACUAUUGGUAUAUCCUCCAUCCCGUUUGCGAUUUCAGGGGAGAUUUUCCCGUUAGAAUAUAGAGGUUUAGGUGGUGGAAUCAGUAUUUUAUGCCUGUCUCUAAACUUUUUCGUAGCAGUCAAGUCCUUCCCAGUACUAACCAAUGCUGUGGGGCUUCCUAUAACAUAUUUAAUCUACGCUGGGGCUGUUGUGUUUUGUUUAUCAAUUGUCUAUUUUAUGAUGCCUGAAACGAAAGACAGGACUCUCCAAGAGAUUGAAGACAGUUUUCGUGGGUUGUCUCCAAAUGACCGCAAGUGCGCGCAGCCGUUAAACGGUUACAGUAAUAAUGAUUUGCGUAGAUGUAGUUCACAUAUACUGUAC